AUGGCCGAUCAGGAACACGACGAUGCCGUGCAUCAGAUCGACGUCCAGAACAAGCGCUUGCUUCAUGCAGCACGAACAGAUGACCUCGAGCUCCUCCAAGAAAUCAUCUCGUCCGGCGCUUUCGACGCCAACCACAGCGAUGGUGUAGGGCGCAACGCUCUCCACUACGCCGCCUCUUCGCAAUCCACACAGGUCCUGCCGGAGAUCCUCAAUCUCGAGAUCGAUGUCGACUACCAAGAUCGCACCAACGCAGACACACCCCUGCAUGCCGCGGUCAACGUCGAAAUCCCAGACGGUGAAGCAGGCAAGGAAGUUGAGGAGAUCAGGAAUUGGAUCGUCAACGAGCUGCUCGAGGCAGGCGCAGACCCAACCAUCCCCAACAAGGACGGCGACCUCCCAGCAGACCUGCUCUCCUACGGCACAAAAUCUCGCUCGGAACUAGGCCAGGAGCUUGUCGCACGGCUCAAGCGCGGUCAGGCCGAGAUGAACGUGAACGCGAGCGACAUUGCUAACGACGACGAUGUUGCCGACGACGGCGAAGGGAGCGAAGGAACGCCAUCAGAAGAGUAG